AUGCUGGCUGCUGUCAGAGGGUUAGCGGACCCGGCUGCAGCGCAGAGGGACCGGAGUUCCCGGAGUUGUGAGCUACAGCCCAGGGUACGAAAUUCCUGGGUGCCAACCUGCCUAUGGCAACCUAGAAUUCUCCAGGGCAGGCUCGCAAAAUCUUCACCUACUCUCUGGGACAGUACUUUGCAAGAACAGAAGGGGGAAUUACGAAAACGUCUCUCGUACACUACCCAUAAGCUGGAAAUGCUUGAAACGGAAUUUGAUUCUACACGUCAGUAUCUUGAAAUAGAAUUGAGACGUGCUCAGGAGGAACUUGAAAAAGUAACUGAAAAGCUGAGAAGGAUACAAAACAAUUACCUAGCCUUACAAAGAAUUAAUCAGGAUCUGGAGGAUAAACUUUACAGAAUGGGUCAACAUUAUGAAGAGGAAAAACGGGCUUUGAGCCAUGAAAUAAUUGCACUCAAUAAUCACUUAAUAGAGGCCAAGGUGACAAUAGAUAAGUUGUCAGAAGACAAUGAGCUCUAUAGGAAGGACUGCAAUUUAGCUGCUCAGUUGCUCCAGUGCAGCAAGAAUUACGACAGGGCACAUAAGCUUUCUGAGCUGCCAUCUGACUUUCAGGAAAGAGUCAUGCUGGAAAAACCAGAUCCAAACAGCUUGUCUUCACACUUGUCAAGCCCAUCUACAAGAGAUCUCAAUUUUCAGGACUCUGCUGGAAAACCCGGGCAAAGACCUCAGUACAAGUCAGACAUUUACUGCAGUGACACCGCCCUUUACUGCCCUGAGGAGAGGAGGAGAGAGAGGAGGCAGAGUGUGGACACUCAAGUGAAAGACGUGGGGUUCCUGCGGUCCCAGAACUCCACAGACAGCACUGUUGAAGAAGACGGUUUCCAUUCCAGCUUCUCUCAUGAAGCCUUCCCAGAAUACAUUACUUCUCUGCCAACCUCCAGCUCCUAUUCCAGCUUCAGCGUCACAUCUGAGGAGAAGGAGAACGCCCAAGCCAACACUCUGACAGCCUCUCAGCAAGCGAUCUACAUGAGCAAUCGAGAUGAACUGUUUGAAAGAAAGUCACCUGCAGGUUAUGAGCAUCAGGGAAGUCCUAGGUUUGCCAAGUCCAAACCUGCUCAACACAUGGAGCUUGCUGAUGACAACGAGAACUCGCCCACUUUCUCUAGGACUCUGCCUCCUUAUGCAAACGAACCUUUUCAUUUCUCAGCCAUAGCACCACAGCAAGCUUUAGCGAAUCAGAAAAUGAGGAACGAGUGCAGGAGCACCCAGCUUUCAGAAGAAGAUUUGCCUGGGCGAUGGAGGCAAUUGAGCGUGGAGGACAUUGGUGCGUACUCUUACAGGAACACUGACAGGCUGUCGCCCUGUAGUUUUUCAGAGCAGUACUACAGCAGCCCUAUUAAGAAGGGAGACAGUCGAGCAAGCCCAGUCUAUGCUACUUACAAAGCAGACAGCUGCUCAGAGGGAGAUGAUAUCUGCCAAAGCAGACUCGUGGAUUCUUGCUUCCUGAGAACAGACAGUGGCCUGAAUAUUGACAUCAGUACUAGCUGUAAACAGGACAAAUUGCCCACUUACAAAACAAAAGAAUCAAGAGACCAAAAAAAUGAAAGGAUCACUGUCCAGUUAUGCAGUAGCAAAAACAUCGAAAAUAGCCCAGUAUUGAAAAGAGAAUAUGUGGACGUGAGCCCCAACAGCUCAGCAGAGUCCCUCAAUCAGAGUUCAAUGGAGGCUUCUGAAAUCCACCAGUCUUCCAUGGAGCAAGGAAGCCAUUCGGGUAUUCACAGCAAACAGCAGCAGUUUCAACGGACUGGGAGUACUGGGUUGAGCCGGAAGGACAGCCUUACAAAAGCACAAUUAUAUGGAACCCUUCUGAACUAG